AUGACAAAACUCAUCAAUUUCUUCAAGGGUCACCCGACAUUGGCCUUGUUGCCCAACGAGGACCUUGCUGCUGCUUUCCGCAAAGUUAUAGUCGACAAUCGCUAUCAUGAUUACGAACUGUCUAAUACCAGUAGACAUCCUCUUCAGUAUGGUACUGAUCCAGGAAAUUUGGAAAUCCGAACAGAUUUGGUGCGUUGGUCCAAUAGCAAGUUUGGCCGCACCAAUGACUCACCGGAUAGCGUGAACUUGACUGGUGGUGCAUCGUUUGGUGCUGCUAACAUUCUCACUGCAAUCAGUGAUCCACUGGUCACCAAGCAGGUGUUCUUGGUCUCCCCCACAUACUUUCUCAUCAAUUACGCGUUCAUCGACGCAGGCUUCGAAGGUAAGAUGUCUGCUGUCCGUGAGACGCCGGGCGGGAAAUAUGAAAUCGACUUGGAUGGUUUGGAGUCAAAGUUGUCCGAGUUGGAUGCUCAAUUCGGCUUGGACCCGGUGACAGACAAGGAAAUCAACAUUGUGGAAGACCCCACAGGAAGGGGUCCUCGGAAGCAAUACAGAUACGCUAUGUAUCUUGUGCCAACAUUCUCUAACCCGGGAGGAAUCACUUACUCGUACGAAACCAGACUUAAGUUGAUCCAGAUUGCAAGAAAACACGAUCUCUUACUUAUUUCCGACGACGUAUACGACUACUUGUCAUACGAUGGCAAGCCUCCGGUGUUGAAGUUAAACCAUAUCGACGAGGACACCUUGCCUGAAGGUUGGCGUUUCGGAAAUACCGUUUCCAAUUGCUCGUUCUCUAAGAUCGUGGCUCCGGGUUUAAGAGCAGGCUGGCAGGAAACUGCUACCCCGGUAUUGGCACAGCAGCUUGCUACCACAGGUGCCAACAAAUCUGGAGGUGCACCCAGUCAGCUCAACUCGUUCGUCGUGCACGAAUUCGUAGCUUCAGGCACUCUUGAUGCAACCAUCAGCCGUUUUGUCGAAACAUAUAAAGCUCGCGCAGACGUACUCAAGGCAGCAGUCAAGAAGUACCUCCCUAAAAACACAAAGUUGUACGGAGGAGACGGAGGGUACUUCUUGUGGGUAGAGAUUGAAGGUUUGGACGUUGCAGAGUCCCUUGAGGAUUUGGCCAAAGACCAUAAAGUGGUAAUUCCUGAUGGUCACAACUUCGAGGUUACGGGCGACGAGUUGGGGUGGGGAAAGAAGUGCGCCAGGUUAUGUGUGGCAUUACUUACAGAGGAAGAGAUUGAAGAGGGUAUAAGAAGAUGGGGUGAACAACUCAGAGAGAAGCAUGCAGAAAUAUUCUAG